AGCAAUACAGAUGCCAUGUGCUGGGAACCAACUUGGUGUAGCUGCUUUUAAAGGUCACAGGUGCACACACCGCCCUCUGGUGUUCAGAACAUGGCUGUACAGCCUCUAGUUUAGAGGGUUAAAAAUGGAUGUGUAAAAUACCUUUCCUCUUAUACCAGAGAGAAAGCAGAGGCCAGCACUCCAUUCUCUUCCCUCUGCCUUCUGUGUGGAUGGACUCCAUGUGGAGUCCAGUUGAACUACAGAAAUGGCUCGUUCCUGUUACUUGGUAACAUUUAUUAUCCGCUGACCUGCCAUGAAGCCAAAAGAUAAUUUGGUUACCUUCUACAUAGUACAAAACAAAGGACCUCAAAGAAGUAAAUUAUGUACUUGUUUCACGGCCUAUAGGAGAUUAAAAUGGUGGACAGCAGAUCAGCGUGCCUUUUAGAAGUGACAACUGUUGGCUUGACGAGGGGAAGAACAGAAACAGACAGGCCAAAGAGCAGCAGUCUCGUUUUGAAUAGGUGCAAACAGGCUCACCGGCAGGAGAUGGCCAAGCCCAGCCACAGCAGCUACGUCCUGCAGCAGCUAAACAACCAGAGAGAGUGGGGCUUUCUGUGCGACUGCUGCAUCGCCAUUGACGACACUUACUUCCAAGCACACAAGGCCGUGCUAGCUGCCUGUAGCUCCUACUUCAGGAUGUUCUUCAUGAACCAUCAGCAUAGCACUGCCCAGCUGAACCUCAGCAACAUGAAGAUCAGCGCCGAGUGCUUCGAUCUCAUUUUGCAGUUCAUGUAUUUAGGGAAGAUUCUGACCGCUCCUUCCAGUUUUGAGCAGUUCAAAGUGGCUAUGAACUACCUCCAGCUCUACAAUGUUCCUGACUGCUUAGAAGAUAUACAGGACUCAGACUGUUCCAGCUCGAAGUGCUCGUCUUCCGCCUCCAGCAAACACAACAGCAAGAUGAUCUUUGGGGUGAGGAUGUAUGAAGACACAGUGGCUAGAAACGGCAGUGAAGCCAACCGGUGGAGUGCGGAGCCCAGUUCAACGGUGAAUACGCCACAUAACAGAGAGCCUGAGGAGGAGUCUUUACCGUUGGCCAACUUUCCUGAGCCACUGUUUGACGUGUGUAAAAAAAGUUCCGUGUCCAAGUUAUCUACUCCAAAAGAACGUGUGUCGCGACGCUUUGGACGGAGUUUUACCUGUGACAGUUGUGGGUUUGGCUUUAGCUGUGAAAAGCUGCUGGACGAACACGUGCUGACCUGCACCAACAGGCACUCCUACCAGAGCACGGCGAGAGCCUACCACCGAGUGGUGGAUGCUAGAGAUGGGAAAGACAGUGCCAUCAAAGCUGAACUCGGUGACAAGGGCUCUCCUACAGCGUUUUCUGCACACACAGACAAAUACAGAGAAGACGCCAGCCAGGCGCCCGAUGACUCAGCCUCGCCCACUGGGAGCAGAAAAAGCACUGUGGAGUCCGGCACAGCUGGUGAAGAGAAGAGCAGAGCUGCGGAGACAAAAAGAGUUGUCAUCAAGAUGGAGCCAGAGGACGUCCCUGCAGACGACAUGAAGGACUUCACCAUCGUCAAGGUCACCGAGAAAGACUGCAACGAGUCCACCGACAACGAUGAGCUAGAGGACGAGCCCGAGGAGCCGUUCUACAGAUACUACGUCGAGGAAGAUGUUGGCAUUAAAAAAAGUGGUAGGAAAACCCUAAAACCUCGGAUGUCCGUCGGCGUGGAUGAAAGGGGUGGUUUGGAGAACAUGAGACCCCCAAACAACAGCAGCCCCAGACAGGAGGACGCCGAGAAUGCGUCUUGUGAGUUGUGUGGGCUCACGAUAACGGAGGAGGACCUGUCCUCUCAUUACUUAGCCAAGCACAUUGAAAAUAUCUGCGCAUGUGGUAAAUGUGGGCAGAUACUUGUCAAGGGCAGACAGCUUCAGGAACACGCUCAGAGGUGUGGCGAACCUCAGGACCUGACGAUGAACGGGCUGGGGAACACUGACGAGAAGAUGGACAUGGAAGAGAACCCAGAUGAGCAGUCUGAGAUAAGAGACAUGUUUGUUGAGAUGCUGGAUGAUUUCAGAGACAAUCAUUACCAAAUAAACAGUAUCCAGAAAAAACAGUUAUUUAAACAUUCUGCCUGUCCUUUUCGAUGUCCUAAUUGUGGCCAGCGUUUUGAAACUGAAAAUCUAGUGGUGGAGCAUAUGUCUAGCUGCCUAGACCAAGACAUGUUUAAGGGCGCCGUCAUGGAGGAGAAUGAACGAGAUCACAGACGGAAACAUUUCUGUAACCUGUGUGGAAAAGGCUUCUAUCAGCGCUGUCAUUUGAGAGAGCACUAUACUGUUCAUACUAAAGAAAAGCAGUUUGUUUGUCAGACAUGUGGGAAGCAGUUUUUAAGAGAGCGCCAGUUGCGUCUGCACAAUGAUAUGCACAAAGGCAUGGCCAGUCUCUGGCUCAUACUGGCCUGGAACUCACUAUGCAGUGAUCAUCCCGCCUCUUGGUCCCGACUGUGGAGAUUAGGUAUGUGCCACCACUCCCACCUGGGCUGAGCUUUUAAUGUGUUCUGAAUUAUAAUUAUCAAAAGAAAAAGAGCCUGUUUUAAAACAUAAUACACAGGAAACAUAAAAGGUAUUGACACAAUGAGUAUGUGUUUUUUUGUGUGUGUGUGUGUGUGUGUUUUUUUUUUUUUUUUUUGUUCUUUUUUUCGGAGCUGGGGACCGAACCCAGGGCCUUGCGCUUCCUAGGUAAGCGCUCUACCACUGAGCUAAAUCCCCAGCCCCGAGUAUGUGUUAAUAUUCUAUGACUGAAGAAGUGUCACCUGAAAGUCCUAUUACCGUAUCUUUAUGGAGAAGGCUCAAGAUACGGUGUUCCAUAUGAACCAUGUAAUUUUACCAGGUGAAAAGUGAAAGCAGAAAAAUUCAGCUAAUAAAAACACAGGUAUAACUGCUGCUGUCACCUCAGAAAAUUGUUAAAAUUGGUGGAAGACUGCAAGUUUUGUCUGCAACGACUGCAUAAAUGGGACAUAGUUACUUCAGAAAUGGACGUCUCCCUUUGACGGUCUAAGGGUCUCUGUAUUUUCCAAGGGGGUUUGGGACAGGCAGCUCUCAGUCUUGUUUUGCUGAAAUUAUAAGGAGAGAGCCUGAGUCGUGUGCAGUGCUCUUGGAGGCCAGAAGAAGGCGUUGGAUCCUUCAGAACUGGAGGUACAGAUAUUUGUUAGCCACCAUGUGGCUGCUGAGAACCGAACCUAGGUCCUCUACAAGAGCAAGCCUCAAGCCUCUUAACUGCUGAGACAUCUCUGCAGUCCGCUACCUUCCUUAUUUAAAGAUUCAUUUUAAAAUAUAUUUAUAAUAGUACAAAUAUAAUGAAGGUGUUCUGUCUACACGGAUGUGUACUUUCUGCUUGCCUAAGGUUUAUUUAUUGUUUUACUUAUGUGCUUGCUUUUAUGAGUUUAUGUGCACUUGAGUACAAGAGCCCAAGGACGUCAGAAAACAGUGACAUUCCCUGGAACUGGAGUUAAUGGUGGUUUUAUGUAUGCUGGGAACAGAACCCAGGACCCUGCCAGAGUAGUUAGUACUCUUUAUUGCUGAACUGUCUCUUCAGCUCCACCCCCCUCUCCUCUUCCAUUGAACCUCCUUAGUGCUAGGUAAGUAAGCACGGACUACCAUUUAUGCUCUGAUAUUUUCUUUAAUCCUUUCCUAUUUCAAGUUUUUCUUCAAUUUCUUUCAUAGAAAAUAGAGAAUUGCAGUUACCAAUGGCAAACGUGUUUUUGAAACUGUAAAUUACAUAUCAGAAUAGAAAGAAUCUUUAAAACUUUUCCUGAUUAAAUUUUAUAGAACUCUGAGCUGGAGAGAUGGCUCAGAGGGUAAGCCCACUUACUGUUACACACACACACACACACACACACACACACACACACACACACACAUUUUAAAAAUAAGAAACUCUUUUAGAUGUUUUAUAGAAAUCUGUCAACAUUACCUUUUAGACAACGAAAACGUUCGUGUUUCUCAUACAAAAAUUCUUCUCCUUUACUGUCUCUCACAUAACUUACUAGCCAGUUUCAAAGGGGUGGUUCUCUCCUGAGGCUUCAAAGACAAAAAUAAAUCCCAACAGCACAAAAAGCUGCUGAACAUAUCCCGGUUCCAGUCUUCAAUUCUUUUUUUCUUUUUUUCGGAGCUGGGGACUGAACCCAGGGCCUUGUGCUUGCUAGGCAAGCCAUUCUUCGAUUCUUAACUCAUCUGCCCUCACGUUGCCCACACUCCAAUACCUCAACCUGGUAAAGAAUGCUUUUCCUACAGUCCUCAACAGAAUUAGGCAUGUCACCUCCUCAGGGAUGCUCUGACAUGUUCCCUCAGGCUCAGUGUGCCCCUCUCUGCCUUGUGUUCUCACUGGACUUCUCCCGAUUUCUGUUUACCCUUCUCACACAAUGGCCUAAGGACGGAUCAGUUCCUUUUUUCUUCUCAUCUCCUAUUGGGCACCUGUCAGUUUUAAGGCGACGACUGUCCUCAGCUUCCCAUCCGUAAGGUGAAGCGGGCGGUGGCUCUACAUUACAGGUCUCCGUUUUCCUCCAGGAGUCCUUUUACAGGAGCCAGCUUCUGCCCACCCCCUGGUACCAGAGAGUACUUUCCAGAAUUAUUUUCAUAUUCCGGCUAAACAAGAGCCAAAGAUGUUCACUCUUUCUCAUCUACCUCCUCUCACAAGUCUGUGCUGCCAACCUAACUUCUCCGCAGGAAAAAGUCUCAUUCAACCGAACUCCGCGCCAAAUGACUAGUUCCUAAACAGGAUCGCGUAUGCGGGGACCGGAGUCAGAGGGUGACACUGCCGCGAAGUAGUCAAAACUGCCUAUUAGGGCGCUUGAAAGAAGCUAAACCAGGAAAGCGGAGAGAGAAGCUUGGACCGAGGCCGGGCAGCGGGUCCGAGCAAGGAGGUGGCUCGGGGGCCGUGCUUCUCGCACUGGCGGGAAAGCCACCCGCCUCCCGGGUAAGCACCGCGCACGCAGCCUUCCCCCGCCGCGCACUCUCCGAGACGCGCGAGGGGAAAAACUCGCACCCGCCCAACUUCACAGUCCCCGCCCUGGAACCACCCCGCACCCAGCUCCGGUCCCCGCUGCAGGAACAGCAGAGGCGGGAAAGACGAGAGCCGAUCCCAGCCGUUCUUUUUUCGAUGCAACCGUCUCAGAAAGAAUUUCGACCCCGGGAGCCUUCGGGAGGCCAGCGCCCUUUCCGUGCUGCCUCUGCGCGCCCCGCCC